GUCAAUUUGCCGCCUAGUAUAUCCUUCCCUUCCGCUCCCGACUCCUCGGUUGGUUUGUUCAUCUGCACUUCGCCAACAUGAACAUCAUCAAGCUGCAAAAGAAGUAUCCCCAGUUCGAGCAGGGCGAGAUCUUCGGCCUGCAGGAGGCGUUCCGCAGGCUCGACGUCGACGACAAGGGCUACCUCGACGAGGGAACCGUCAUCAAGGCCGCGCAGCAGUCGGAGCACCAGCCCUACGAUGUCGUGCGACAGGCCCUGAAAGAGGUCGAGCUGGACUCGUCGAGAAGAGUCGAGCUCGAGGACUAUGUUGAUCUCAUCUCCAAACUGCGAGUUUCGUCUCCGGCCCAACAGCGCAUGUCUACCGGCCCAAGCCGCCCGCGCGCCGGCACUGCUACGAGCGUCAACUCGCCUUCCAACCCCGGACACUCGUCCAAGGGUAGCUUGGGCGGCGGCAGGAUCCACGUCCAGGGCUCGUCGGCCAACGUCACGCACACCAUCAACGAAGAUGAGCGCACCGAGUUUACGCGCCACAUCAACGCCGUGCUUGCUGGCGAUGCCGACAUUGGUGAUCGUCUCCCCUUCCCGACCGACACGUUUGAGAUGUUUGAUGCCUGCAAGGACGGUCUCGUGCUGUCCAAGCUCAUCAACGACAGUGUCCCAGACACCAUUGAUGAGCGUGUGCUGAACAAGCCGGGCAAGAAGAUCAAGUCGCUGAACAACUUCCACUUUACCGAGAACAACAACAUUGUCAUUGAGUCGGCAAAGGGUAUUGGUUGCUCGGUCGUCAACAUUGGCAGUCAGGACAUCAUCGAAGUGCGCGAGCACUUGAUUUUAGGUCUGAUCUGGCAGAUCAUCAGGAGAGGUCUGUUGGGAAAGAUUGAUAUCAAGCUACACCCGGAGCUCUACAGGCUGUUGGAGGACGAUGAGACGCUAGACCAGUUCCUGCGCCUGCCUCCGGAGCAGAUUCUGCUGAGGUGGUUCAACUACCACCUGAAGAACGCAAAGUGGCAUAGGACUGUGACCAACUUCUCGACUGACGUCAAAGACGGCGAGAACUACACCGUCCUCCUUAGCCAGCUGGCGCCCGAAAUCUGCUCUCGCGCUCCGCUCCAGCAGACGGACCUUCUUCAGCGCGCCGAGAUGGUGUUGCAGAAUGCCGACGCCCUCGACUGCCGCAAGUUCCUCACCCCCAAAUCACUUGUAGCCGGAAACCCGAAGCUCAACUUGGCCUUUGUCGCCAACUUGUUCAACACACACCCUUGCCUCGACCCCAUCACAGAAGAGGAGAAGGCUGAGAUUGACGACUUCGAUGCGGCAGGAGAGCGUGAGGCCCGUGUCUUCACUCUGUGGCUCAACUCUCUCGACGUCAAGCCAGUCGUGCAGUCUUUCUACGAGGACCUCAAGGACGGAACCGUCAUUCUCCAGGCCUACGACAAGGUCAUUCCAAGCAGUGUCAACUGGCGACACGUGAACAAGCCACGUGAAGGUCAGGAGCUGAUGCGUUUCAAGGCCCUCGAGAACACCAACUACGCUGUUGAGCUCGGCAAGGUUAACCAAUUCUCGCUCCCUGGUAUACAGGGUGCUGAUAUCACCGACGGCCAGCGCACACUUACUCUUGGUCUCGUAUGGCAGCUCAUGCGCAGGGACAUUGUCUCGACGCUCAACGGCCUUGCCCAGCAGCUCGGCAGGCGCGAAAUUUCGGAUUCAGAUAUGAUUGCGUGGGCCAACGACAUGGCAAGGAAGGGCGGCAAGAACACUCAAAUCCGCUCCUUCAAGGACUCGUCUCUCAGCAAUGCCAUUUUCCUCCUGGAUGUUCUGGCUGGCAUGAAGCCCGCAUACGUCGACUACGACCUCGUUGCUCCUGGCCGCAAUGACGACGAGUGCUACCAGAACGCCAAGUUGGCCAUUAGUAUUGCACGAAAGAUGGGCGCGACCAUCUGGCUUGUACCUGAUGACAUUGUUGCCGUUCAAAGCAGGCUUAUCACCUCCUUUAUUGGUAGUUUGAUGGCCACGGCCGAGAAGAAGGGUUGAUUGUAGUAGAUCCCCCCAUUACCGGCUGAAGAUUUCCCAAAAUCAUGCUUUUUUUUCUCUUUUCUUUUAUAGUGUUUCCUUAUCCUGUCUUUCUCUCUCUCUCUCUCUCUCUCCCUGGAAUGAGUUAGACAAUGUUGGCUGAUGUUUGCGCCGCAAGCGUGCGAGAGCGUUCUCAGGACAAAGGGGUUCUAUUCCAGUUAAUCAGUGAUGAAAAAAAGAAGUAGCAAGUUC